AUGCGAAUUUCUGACUUUCAAGAGCUUAUCACUGGCGAGAAGUUACCGCAAGAGAUCUUGAAACUGACGUUGAAGCACUUACUUCUUGCUCUCGAUUUUCUGCACUCAGAAUGUGAUAUUGCGCAUACCGAUAUCCAGGCUAAGAACAUUCUUAUGAGAAUCGAGGAUGAAACAGUGCUUAGCGAGUUUGAAGAAGCAGAAAUUCAAGACCCAAGUCCCAGGAAGAUUGACGGAAAGCGCACGAUAUAUACCUCGCGACAACUUCGUAUCAGAGGAAGUGUUGGUCGUCCAGUACUGUGCGACUUUGGUGAAGCUCGUGUUGGCGAUAAGAAGUUCACCGAAGAUAUACAGCCUUUUCUGUACCGCGCACCAGAAGUCUUGCUCCGGAAACCAUGGGGGAAGAAGGUCGAUAUCUGGAAUCUUGGGGUUUUGGGUAAACUUUUGUUUGAUGGACGAGACAUCAACGAUGAAACCACCAAUGAAGUGCACUUCGCGGAAAUGAUCGCUUUGCUUGGGAGUCCACCACAAGGAGUUUUGGAUGGCAGUCCAAUAAUCAGAGAGUUCUUUGACAACAAUGGAAAUUGGAUUGACGAGACGAAAGUCCCUUCGAAAUCACUCGAAGAAAUGGAGGAGAAUUUGACGGGCCGCGAUCAAGUAGCUUUCCUCGAAUUCAUGCGCAAAAUGCUGCGAUGGGUGCCUGAAGACCGCAUGUCAGCUUUUGACCUUUUGGAUGAUCCGUGGCUGAACUCCUAA